AUGCACUUCAUCAAGACUCUGAUCCCCGUCGCCCUCCUCAUGGCUCCUAUUUUGGCCGUCCCGACUCCUGCCACUGAGAAUGAUCUGGAAGCUCGUGCGCCUCCCAAGUCAGCUCCUAAGCAAGCCCCCAAAAAGCCUGCUACUGUGACUUGCACGCCUACCAAGAGCGAGGCGAAGGAGAAGAAGUUUGUCGUGGAGAUCGAAAAAGUCAAGAUCGAAGCUACGAAUGCCGGAUUUGCCGCUGGCAAGAGCAGCUACCCGCACGUCUUCGGAAACCAGGAAAAGAUCAACUGGGGUGUCGAGGCCUGCACCAAAGGCAAACCCACCUUGUACGAGUAUCCCGUGUUCUGGCAGGGCUACAAGGGUGCUGUGUGGCAGAAGGAUGAGAAGGUCAAGAACCAGAAUGUCUCUCCGCUACGCGUCGUCUACGCAAACAGCAAGGGAUCGGUCGUUUAA